ACUAACUUCACGGCCCAGGAGUUGGACAGAGUUAGGCAAUGGAUUCAAAACAAGUACUACACCGAGGAUGCCAUCAAACCAGACAUCCCUCCUUGUAAUCAACUAAAUCUACGCAAAGACUUCAAGUGUAUGACCGAAGGGGAACGACAGACGUUCAUUGAGGCCGUCAAAAAGAUAUACAUUAAUGGGGCGAUGGAUAGGUUGGCGGACAUACACUACGGUUAUUGGUCGGCCAUUCAUAAAACGGGUGACUUUGUGAGCUUUCAUAGAAAAUUGUGUCUUGAAGUGGAAAAGGAGUUAAUGGCAGUCGACCCCACAGUUACCCUUCCCUAUUGGACCGGAAUGAAUUUUAUAGGGUUUGCCAUUCAGUUGAUUGGUUUUCAUUUCUUGAUACACUUAAGUAUCGGUGGUUACGCCGGGGAUAUGAGCGUCGCCACUGCUCCCUACGACAUAUUAUUCUACCUGUCCCACAAUUUUCUAACCGACGUGGUAGCCAUGAAAGUGCAACUAGGUCAGCCCAGUUUUUUGACACCCCUAUCAUACAACGACUUCAUUAGGGUAGACCAGAACACGGGAUUUGUACGUCGGUCCGAUAUCAGGACAGAUACUGUUAGCUAUUAUCAAGAUACAAAGAAUCUAUGGACUACCUGGAUGACAUUUGGCGAGUUUUGCUCCAUAAGCGACCAGAUUGUCGAGGAUGUGCUCAAUAUCAUAGAUGGCGUUAAGCUACCGGUGCCGGCGGCUAUUAGGCGACUGCCCCGCGAUAUACAGUCAAAGUAUUUCCCGACUUUUUAUUCGGGAAACUAUACGGCGUUUGACUAUUGGCUGCCCGAUGUGGGCGACUGUAAUCGGGAGUGUCGACCCAUACCUAUGUUUCAGGAUUACCGGAGUACUGAGAAUGGUAUGAGACAAGGUCUCACCCUAUCGAGUAUGUCACCGGCAUUCGUGGACUACCGGUUGUUAUUGCAUACGGAAAUGGAGUGGAUCGGACUGUUUCCCAUGUUUCAGUCCAUUGGCGUAUUCGCUGGAUCAUUUAUUACCAUAUCAUUCAAAUACGUGAACCGACAGAUCGUACUCUCAAUACUAAUCAUAUUGCAAGGGUUCGGCACUAUAUUCCAGCCGUGGGCCACUCAGUUAUGGCACCUGUAUGCGUGCAUAUUUAUUUACGGUAUAGGUAUCGGUGCCUGGAAUGGGGCUAAUAAUGUCAUACUGAUCGAGAUGUGGCAAAAUAAGAGUCCCUCUAUACUACAGUUCUCGCAGUUUAUAUACGGUGUGGGCACUGUAUUGGGCCCAUUGCUCGAUCAAAACUUUGUGCUAGGUGAACAAAUAUGUCCAGGUGUGUUUGAGCAUGAUUGCCUCGGUGAGUCCCAUAUAUCAAAGCCAUUAUUGGAGUCGCUUACUAGUGUGGCUAACAGUAGUAUAUUGAAUGGCACCGACCCCUGCACUCCCGAAUGUCUGGCCUAUGAUCGGAGGCCUAGGCUUAAGAUACCGCUAAUGAUUGGCGGAUUGCUGCAAAUGAUUGGUCCCGGUGCGAUGUUAGUGAUGUAUGUGCUCCAUAAGUACCACUUCGUUCACGACAACAAAAUCGAAGUGGCGGUCACUGAAGAGCAGAAGGCCCGGCACCGGCAGUACGUGCCCACCAAAACCAUAGUCGUCUGCAUCUCCCUAUACCUGGCCUUUGGCAUCAUGUCUGAGAACAUGUAUAUGGACUUCGCGCCCACUUUCUACCAGUUCUGUCCGACCAAACUGUCCGCCGCCGAGGCCUCCCAGAUGUUCUCCAUUAUAGGCAUAGCCCUGACCACGGGUCGGGGUCUUAGCAUUUUCAUAGCUAUGUACCUAAAACCCGAGCACAUGAUCGCAUACCAGUCCGUCAUCGUGUUUGUGGGCAUUAUUUUCCAGUAUUUCGGUCAACACACGUAUGGCACACUAAUGGCCAGUUCUAUAGUAAUAUGUUUUGGCUACAGUUCCAUAUUCAUAUGCCUGUUCUCGUUUGUGGGCCAGUACAUGGAGGUGACCGAUAAAAUAGGGGGUUUAUUCAUAGGGUCCUAUAAUGCCAUUUAUAUGUUUUUACCCUAUUUUAUCGGUAAGUAUGUGGAGCAUCACCCUAAUACUUUUGUGUUUUUAGAGUUUGGUGCCAUGUGUGUGGCUAUUGUAUCAUUUUGUUAUGUUAUGUGGUCGGUUAGGAAUGUGCCCCCAGAUUUGAUUAGAAAGUUAGGCCCGGUAGGUGGACAUUGA